AUGGCAGCAGAGUCUCUUAAGGGAAGCCACCUCCAUGAGGUGAAGCGGAUGGUGGGUGAGUACCCUAAGCCAAUCGUCAGACUCGGCGGUGAGACACUCACCAUUGCUCAGGUGGCGGGGAUUGCCGCACAGGAUGCUGCCAGUGGUGGUGUAACGGUGGAGCUCUCGGAGUCGGCGAGGGCCGGAGUUAAUGUGAGAAACGAUUGGAUUAGGGAGAGCAUGAACAAAGGCACAGAUAGCUAUGGUGUUACUACUGAGUUUGGUGCACGUCACAUAGGAGGACCAAACAGGAGGUGUCCUUCAGAAGGAGCUCAUCAGGUCUGA